CACACCAACCCAGCUUUCUUCAUUCCUCUACAGAAGUUCUCUCAAAGUUUCUGAUAAAGAAAAAUGGCUGUAGUGUUAGCAAACAUGCCGUCCUACACCGCAGGAAUGACGCCACGUGGCAUCAUCGGCGGUAGCGCUCCAUCUUCAUCUCUUGCGUCUCCGCCCUCAUUGCGCCGCCGUAGCAAAGCGGCCGCCGGUGGCCGUUACUUCCGGUGCGAGGCAAAGAUCAAACCUCAGGAUAUUGUGCCCGAAGCCGACGUCGACCUAUCCGAAGCAAAAGAAAAACUCAAGGCAAAAGGCAGAACCUUUUGGGAAGCUCUGGCUUUUGAUGGACCGGGUCCAGAGAGGAUCAACGGCCGGCUUGCUAUGCUUGGGUUUGUCUCCGCCCUAGCUGUCGAGGUAGCGCGGGGACAAGAUCUGGCGGACCAGCUCGCUAACGGUGGCGCGUUGUGGUUCAUCGGCACGGCGGCGUUGUUCUCUGUGGCUUCACUGGUUCCGCUAUUUCGCGGCGUAGAUGCACCGGAGCGGUCUAAUGGGCCCAUGACUGCUGAUGCGGAGCUCUGGAACGGUCGGUUCGCUAUGCUUGGCCUUGUUGGACUUGCUUUUACGGAAUUUCUGAAGGGUGGGCCGCUUGUGUAGGAUUUGUAUUUUAGUUUCUAAACGAGUGCACUGAUGGGACCGCUGAUGCGGAGGUUUGGAAUGAGCGGUUCGCUAAGCUGAGCCUCGUUGGGCUUAUUUCGUUGUGCUUCUUUCAUAGAGGUUCUAAAGUGUGGGCUGCUUGUGUAGGCUUUGUAUAUUUGUUGUAUUAAUGAACUGUGUAAUAUAUUAAAGCAAAUCUGAUGCACAGGGUUGAAUAAUAUUCUUGUUUUCCUUCUUAUA